AUGGACGACCGCGGCCGCGCGCACGGCCCGUGGAUCCUGAAAGCCCCCGCGGAGCCGCCGCGCGCUCCCGCUCCCGCCGCCGCCGCUCCCUCGGACGACGACGCCUCGUCUCCACCGCCCCCGCCCCCACCCCUUCCCGUCGCGCUGCGCCUCUUCUGCGUCCCGCAGGCUGGCUGCGGCGCGUGGUCGUUCCACGCGUGGGACGCGCUGCUCUCGAGCGUCGCGCCGCGCGUCGAGGUGAUGCCGCUCGAGCUUCCGGGGAGGAACUCGCGCCACGGCGAGCGAGGCGACGAGUUUCCGACGCUGGAAGGUGCGUUCUAUACACUGGUCCCCAUACGACCCCGUCGGCGUGGUGAACGCCGAUCCUUAAGGACUUUUCCCGGCGUGUCUCUCCGCCCACUCCUCGGUUUCAAUCCCCGCCCUCGGCGCCUUUCAACUCCACCUGACGCCUUUCAACUCCACCCCGACAAUCACUUGUAUGGAACGGCCCUGGAAGCGCUCGCGGAGGCGGCGGCGGCGGGGAUCGAGCACUUGCUUCCGGGCGGCGAACGGAGCGACGACGACGCGCCGAACCCGCCGUACGCGAUAUUCGGGCACAGCAUGGGCGCGUGGAUCGCGUUCGAGAUGACGCGCGCGAUCGAGCGGCGGCGGAGCGCGCGCGCGGCGGCGGCGGCGGCGACGGCGGCGACGACGGCGGCGCCGGCGAAACUUUUGGCGCUCCCGUUGAAGCUCUACGCGUCGGGAAACAGCGCGCCGUGCCUCGGCGGCGUCGAAAACGACCCGGAUUCGAUAACGCCCUUGAUAUCGACGUUACCGAGCGACGAAUUCUGGACCGCGUUCGAUCGGCGGUACGGCGUCAACCCCGCGCUUCAGAGCGAGGAAUUGAAACGCUACGUCGAGCCGUCGCUGCGACGCGACUUCGCGCUCGUGGAGAAGUACCGCGGCGUGCUUCCAAACGAUAAUAACGCUCGUUACGAGGGCGUUAAGCCGAGAAAACUCCCUCGAGGCGUGCCCUUGGUCGCCAUAGGCGCGAACGGCGACGAGAGGUACGCGAGAGAGCAGGUCACCGCGUGGUGCAUGCACGUCGACGGCGGUUGCGGCGGGAGCGUGUUCGACGAGCGAUGGUUCGACGGCGCGGCGCCGGAGACGCCGUCGGGGCCCGGGUCGGCGGGGCUGGGUCCCAGCGCGUCCCGCGGCGGCGCGCGGUGGGCGACGCCGCACCGGAUCGUGAUCGAGUACCCGGACGAGCUCUUGGCGUACUUGGGGGAGGACGUGAACGCGUUGGUGGCGGCGAUGGGGGAGGCGCCGGUGGCGGCGGCGGCGGCGGCGUGA